ACACUGGCGACAGAUACGCAGGAAUCUUUUGUUAGGCCAGUGCAUCUGAUGUGAAUAUAUUUUGUACAUUGUAGAGUAAAGAUGGACACGUGGGAGAGUCGGACGCAACAGAAUUGAAAUGAUGGAGACGGAAGUACUCGUGCAUGUGCAUAAUUACAUGAUUUAAUGCGGACGCGUGCGACAUCACAUUGGGGAACAGACAGACGUCUGGACCAGAAGCUUUCAGCUCACAGGCUGUUUGAGGUUUAUUUGAGUUCUUUUAAGCAAAUAUAGCAUGUGCUGUCAGAAUGUCACAAUGCAGUUAUAAAUAAUGUUGGCUGGGUCGUGAAUGAUGAGGAGUGAAGCUUAAUAUCAUCAAUGCAAAUGCUUCAUAAUUUGCUAAUGUGGAAAUAAUGGUUGCCACAAAGGACUUAUCACGAGUGCCAAAAUGAGGUCUGAUAGGCUGUGCAAGAUGGAAUACAAGAAACAAUUUCACAGGCCACUUUCGGCGGCCUGAGCCGUGUAAUCCUCUAUGUGAACUGCAUUUCCAGCACCACGGAGAGCGACCAUGAACAGGUUACGCAAGAAAGCGUGCGUGGCUCUUCUAUUGUUCACCCUGUUUAUUUUUGGCACCAUGAUGGGCCUACGAACCCUCAAGCCCACUGACGGAUUUUCCGAUCUUGCUCCAGGAAUGGAGUUGAUGCCUUUAGUGGGAGACAGAAUGGACCAGAGACCCAAACCUGGAAUCGAAUCAGCAGGUCAAAUUGGUGUUGGGCGGGACACCAAGAUAGUCUUCUCCAACUCUGGUCCUGACCACAGCAUAUUCUAUGACAUUCACAUCUUCUAUUAUUUAUGGUAUGGCUCGCCACAGAUGGACGGGAGUUAUGUGCACUGGGACCACGUACUGGUACCACAUUGGGACCCCAAAAUAGCUGCCAGUCACCCUAAAGGACGACACAAUCCGCCAGACGACAUGGCGUCCAGUUAUUUCCCUGAACUUGGACCCUAUAGCUCCAAGGAUCCAGAUGUUAUUGAGUCUCACAUGGCACAAAUCGAAGCUGCAGCUGCAGGUGUGGUGGUUCUGUCCUGGUACCCUCCUGGUGUGGCAGAUGAACAUGGCAAACCCUCUGAAGAUCUAGUUCCAGCUGUUAUGGAUGCUGCCCAUAGACACAGUAUCAAGGUUGCGUUCCACCUUCAGCCCUACAAAGGCCGGACAGACCUCACCGUGCAUGAUAACAUCAAAUACAUCAUUGACAAAUAUGGCAAACAUGGUGCUUUCUACAGAUUCAAGUCCAGCACUGGCAAGGUUCUUCCACUCUUCUACGUGUACGACUCAUACCUGACACCUCCUGAGGCCUGGGCUGAGCUACUUACAGCUCAAGGGUCUCACAGUCUCCGUGGAACUUUGUAUGAUGGCAUCUUCAUCGCUCUCAUAGUGGAAGAGCUUCAUAAGCACGACAUCCUGUCCGGUGGCUUUGACGGCAUGUACACCUACUUUGCUUCCAAUGGUUUCUCCUUUGGAUCUUCUCACCAGAACUGGAAAGCAAUCAAGGAUUUCUGCGACAAGAACAACUUGCUGUUUGUGCCAAGCGCUGGACCUGGUUAUAUGGACACCGCUAUUCGGCCAUGGAAUAACCACAACACACGCAACAGAGUGAAUGGACGAUAUUACGAGACCUCUUUGCUAGCGGCAAUGUCUGUAAGGCCUGAUAUCAUCACAAUAACAUCAUUUAAUGAGUGGCACGAGGGAACUCAGAUUGAAAGGGCCAUACCUAAGAAGACUGUGGCUCGUCUGUAUUUGGACUAUAAACCUCAUCAGCCAGACUAUUACCUGGAGCUCACCAGGAAGUGGGCGGAGCAUUUUAGUAAAGAAAAAGAGCAGUGGCUUAUGUGAUUGUACCUCAUAACAGCUCAGCAUUGUUGAGUUUUGCUUUAGAAAUAUUCUUCAAUUCAUGCAUAAUUUAUAAAGGCAGCACAACAGCAAGGACUAGCAACAUUCUCUCUCUCUUUGUUAUUUGCUAUUGAUUUAGAUAUACAUUUCCAUGCUGACAGAUUUCCCGGUGGAAAUAUUUAAAGGGGUAAUUCUGCCAAAAGAUUAUUAUUUUGUCAUCCUCCUCAUGUCGCUCUAAACUUGUGUUACUUUAUGUAUUUAUUUUGUGUAACAUAUAAGCAGAAGUUUAUCAGGUCAAAAUGCUUUUUUCUUUACAAUGAAAGUGAAUGGGGACUAUUGAGCUCCAAAAAGCCAUUAUUCGCAGAACAUCCCUCUGCGGCAGCUAACUUACACAAAUUCAAACCAUGGUAAAGCGAAACGUAAGAACAAAUGGCAUUUUGAAAUGCAGUAACACGACUAGUAACGAGACAUGAAAGAACCAAUGAUAUUUCAAAACCCUGGCACAAUAUGAUUGGUAAGGAGAACCAAUGGCAUUUUAAAACCUUGGCAUAACUCGAUUGGUAACAAGACACACAAGAACCAUUGGCUUUUUAAAACCAUUGCACAUUGCAAUCGCAACCAAGACAUGCAAAAAACAAUGGCAUUUUUAAACCUUGGCAUAAUGCAUUUGGUAAUGAGACACACAAGAACUAAUGGUAUUUAAAGCAUUGGCAUAACAAGAACUAAUGGUAUUUAAAGCAUUGGCAUAACAUGAUUGGUAACAAGAUACACGAGAACCAAUGGCAUUUGAAACCUUAGCGUAACACGAUUCGUACAUGUCAUGCAAGAACAAUGACAUUUUAAAUCACUGGCACAACGUGAUUGGCAAUGAGAUAUGAACCAAUGGCAUUUAUGAAUUUUGGUGCAAUUCAACUGUUAACGAGACAGUAAAGAACCAAUGGCAAUUUAGGACGUGGCGCAAUGCGAUUUUUAACAAGACUUUGAUUUUUAAGAAACUAUGCCCGCAACAUGAUUGGCAAUAUAACACGCAAGACCAAUGGCAUUUGAAAACCUUGAUGCAUUGGGGUCACUACUGAGACACACAAGAACCAUUGGCACUUUUUAAACCUUGGCGCAACGAGAUCGGUAACCAGACAUGCGAAAACCAAUGGUAUUUUAAGACAUAAGAUCGAAAGUCUUUAGGGUGAGGGUGAGUAAACAAUGAUUCAUUUUUCAUUUGUGGGUGAACUAUCCCUUUUCUUUUGGGCAUUGAAUUUGAGUUUUAUGGCCCGUUUUUAAAAGACUAUGUCUUACUUUGUGUUUGAAUAACAUUUUUAAAUGUUCUUGUGGUUGGUGGUGGAUAUGGUUUGUUUAGGUAAUGGUUGGAUUCAUUAUAUUAUGUAAAUCCUAUUGGAGAAUCAUGCAUAUUGUAAUUCAUGUUUAAUAUAUAAAAUAAAAUAAAA